AAAUAGGGCACAGUAAUUGGCAAUUUGAAUAGAGUGGGCAAUUUAUUUCCCGCCAACGCCCUUCUCUCUUUUGAUUUUCCAAAUUCCAAUCUACACCCACUCGCUUCUCUUCUCUUCUCCAAGUUCCACCCUUUUCCCCUCCGAGUCGACUCGUUCCGGCGCCAAUGGACCCGCACGCCGAGUCCGCACCCGACUCAGCAACUCGCGGCUCCUCUCGCCCCAGGCUCUUCAUAAAGGAGAUGGUCAUGCGCAACUUCAAGUCCUACGCCGGCGAACAGCGCGUCGGUCCCUUCCACAAGAGUUUCUCCGCUGUGGUGGGACCCAACGGGAGCGGGAAGAGCAACGUCAUUGACGCGAUGCUGUUUGUGUUUGGGAAGCGAGCCAAGCAGAUGCGGCUGAACAAAGUUUCGGAGCUAAUACACAAUUCCACCAAUCACCAGAAUUUGGAUAGUGCGGGGGUGUCUGUUCAUUUUCAAGAGAUUGUGGAUUUGGAUGAUGGAACUUAUGAGGCUGUUCCAGGAAGUGAUUUUGUGAUUACCAGAGUGGCUUUCCGUGAUAACUCCUCAAAGUAUUACAUUAAUGAUCGCACGAGUAACUUUACGGAAGUAACCAAGAAACUGAAAGGGAAAGGUGUUGACCUUGACAAUAAUAGGUUUCUAAUACUUCAGGGUGAAGUUGAACAGAUUUCACUUAUGAAACCCAAAGCUCAAGGACCUCACGAUGAAGGUUUUCUAGAAUAUCUAGAAGAUAUCAUUGGAACCAACAAAUAUGUGGAAAAGAUUGAUGAAUCUCAUAAACUGUUAGAAUCCCUGAAUGAGAAAAGAUCUGGGGUGGUACAAAUGGUUAAGCUAUCUGAGAAAGAAAGAGACAGCUUGGAGGAUGUGAAGAAUGAAGCAGAAGCAUACAUGCUCAAGGAGUUGUCUCUGUUGAAAUGGCAAGAGAAAGCCACAAAGUUGGCCCUUGAUGAUACGAGUGGAAAAACGGAUGAGUUACAAGGGAAUGUUGCUACUCUAGAAGAAAAUCUCAAGGCAGAAAGGGAUAAAAUACAAGAAAGUAAACAAACUCUCAAAGAGCUUGAAACUAAGCACAACAAUUAUGUGAAAAGACAAGAGGAGUUAGAUAAUGAUAUGAGGAAGUGCAAGGAAGAGUUCAAGGAGUUUGAGAGGCAGGAUGUUAAAUAUCGGGAGGAUUUUAAGCACGUGAAUCAGAAGAUCAAAAAGCUGGAGGAUAAACUAGAAAAGGAUUCAUCAAAAAUUGAAGCACUUGUAAAAGAGGGCGAGGAAUCAACUGAUCUGAUACCAAAACUUGAGGACAAUAUCCCAAAACUGCAAAAGUUGUUGCUUGAUGAGGAGAAGGUCUUGGAAGAAAUCACAGAGAGUUCCAAAGUUGAAACCGAGAAAUACCGUUCUGAGCUUGCUAAAGUUCGUGCUGAGCUUGAACCUUGGGAAAAAGAUUUGAUUGAGCACAAGGGAAAACUUGAAGUUGCAUGUACAGAGACCAAGCUUCUAAAUGAAAAGCAUGAAGGUGCUUCUGAAGCUUUUAAAGAUGCUCAAAAGCAGAUGAAAAGCAUAUCAGAAACAAUCAAAUCGAAAACUGCCAGCAUUUCUCAAAUCAAGAGUGAUAUAGAAAAGAGUAAGCAUGAAGCUUCAGAAGCUCACCAAAUUGAAGAAGGAUGUAUCAAAGAGCAAGAUGAAUUGAUUCCUCUUGAACAAAGUGCUAGACAGAAGGUUGCAGAACUGAAGUCUGUUCUAGAUUCUGAGAAGAGUCAGGGAUCAGUUCUAAAGGCAAUUCUGAAAGCUAAGGAAACAAGACAAAUAGAAGGAAUAUAUGGCCGCAUGGGUGAUUUAGGUGCUAUUGAUGCAAAGUAUGAUGUUGCAAUAUCAACAGCAUGUCCUGGACUUGAUUAUAUUGUGGUGGAAACAACAAAUGCAGCUCAAGCAUGUGUUGAGUUACUGCGUAGAGAGAAUCUUGGCGUUGCUACUUUCAUGAUAUUGGAGAAGCAAGUUGACCUUCUUCCAAUGUUGAGAAAGAAUGUGAGCACUCCAGAGGGGGUUCCACGCCUUUUUGAUUUAGUGAAAGUUCAAGAUGAAAGAAUGAAGCUUGCUUUCUUUGCAGCACUUAGAAACACUGUGGUUGCUAAAGAUCUUGAUCAGGCAACACGUAUAGCAUAUGGUGGUAACAAUGAGUUUCGUCGAGUUGUUACUCUUGAUGGUGCGCUCUUUGAAAAAUCUGGAACAAUGAGUGGUGGGGGUAGUAAGCCCCGUGGUGGGAAGAUGGGAACAUCUAUUCGAGCAGCAAGUGUGUCUGUAGAAAGUGUUGCAAAUGCUGAGAAAGAGUUGUCUAGGUUGACUGAUAAAUUGAAUGACAUUCGCCAAAGAAUUAUGGCUGCUGCGCAACGUUAUCAGGCCUCAGAAAAAGCUGUUGCCGCUUUAGAAAUGGAAUUAGCUAAAUGUCAGAAGGAGGUUGACAGUUUAAAUUCACAAUAUAAUUAUAUUGAGAAACAACUUGAUUCCCUUGAGGCAGCAUCAACACCACAGGAGGAUGAGCUUGACAGAUUGAAAGAGCUGAAGAAGAUUGUUUCUGCAGAAGAAAAGGAGAUUAAUAGACUUACUAAUGGAUCUAAACAACUGAAGGAAAAGGCUUUGGAGCUCCAGCGAAAUUUAGAAAAUGUUGGGGGUGAAAAAUUAAAAUCUCAGAAGUCAAAGGUCCAGAAAAUUCAGUCUGAUAUUGAUAAGAACAAUUCAGAAAUAAACCGUCACAAGGUCCAAAUAGAGACGGGACAAAAGAUGGUGAAAAAAUUAACUAAAGGAAUCGAGGAUUCAAAGAAGGAGAAAGACCGGCUCAUUGAGCAAAAGGAGAAGUUAUCAGCAUCCUUUAAAGAAAUAGAACAGAAAGCAUUUGCAGUUCAAGAGAAUUAUAAAAAAACCCAAGAGAUGAUUGAAAAACAUAUGAUUGUCUCUGAGGAAGCAAAAUCUGAGUACAAUAAGAUGAAAAAAGCAAUGGAUGAAUUACGUGCAUCUGAGGUUGAUGCUGACUUUAAAUUAAAAGACAUGAAGAAAGCAUACAAAGAAUUGGAAAUGAAGGAGAAAGGUUACAAGAAAAGACUAGAUGAAUUGCAAACUGCUAUUUACAAGCAUCUUGAACAAAUUCAGGCAGAUCUAGUGGAUCAAGAAAAGCUACAAGCUACUUUGGCUGAUGAGCAUCUUAAUGCUGAUUGUGACCUGAAAAAGGCCUGUGAAAUGGUCGCUCUGCUUGAAGCACAACUGAAGGAGAUGAAUCCAAAUCUUGAUUCAAUUUCAGAAUAUCGAAAGAAGGUAUCUUUGUACAAUGAGCGAGUUGAAGAACUUAAUGCAGUCACUCAAGAGCGGGAUGACAUAAAGAAGCAGUAUGAUGAAUGGAGAAAGAAGAGAUUGGAUGAGUUUAUGGAAGGAUUUAAUGCCAUAUCUUUAAAGUUAAAGGAAAUGUAUCAGAUGAUUACCCUUGGAGGUGAUGCUGAACUUGAGCUUGUGGAUUCUUUAGAUCCUUUCUCUGAAGGUGUUGUGUUCAGUGUCAGACCACCAAAGAAAAGCUGGAAAAACAUUGCAAAUUUAUCCGGUGGUGAAAAGACUCUUAGCUCGUUGGCUCUUGUAUUCGCCCUUCAUCAUUACAAACCCACCCCACUUUAUGUAAUGGAUGAAAUUGAUGCUGCCCUUGACUUCAAGAAUGUAUCUAUCGUGGGGCAUUACGUGAAAGACAGGACCAAGGACGCUCAAUUCAUAAUCAUUAGUCUUCGGAACAAUAUGUUUGAAUUGGCUGAUCGGCUUGUUGGGAUAUAUAAAACUGAUAAUUGCACAAAGAGCAUUACUAUCAAUCCGGGUAGUUUUGUGGUAUGCGAAAAGGCUGCUUGAUGGAGUUGUCAACGUUUUGUUGAUGCUAAUUUCAAUAUUUAUUAGUCUCUUCUAUUGUACCAGUUUGAUCUUGCAUGUAAUCCUAAUUCUUAUUAACUUAUUAGUGUCUUAUAUGUUGUAUAUAAACUUAUGUUAUGGGGGUCUGUCUUUAUUGUAGCAUGCACAUAAUUGAAAAAUAUUUGUAAUUAGUCUUAUCUGUUUUACAAGCAUAUCUCUUGUUUUAUUUUAUGAUA